AUAUCUAACUCAACAUAUGAGGAGCAGUCAGACAUCUCAGCAAAUCUCUCCCACCCGGUUCGUUCAAAAGCCCUGUGAUGGAGUCCGUUUUGGCUGUGGUGGUGUUGCUUUGCUGUUGUGUGGUUGAGACUCAGACGGAGAGUGAGCCUAUCUCACCAACACCUGGGCCAAACCAGGUUCCCAUCUCAACAUCUUUCUCAGCUGUCCCGUCUGAGGUUGACAGGCUGCUGAGGGAACUGACAGCCCGAGUGGAGAAACUGGAGAGCGAGGGCAAACCAAAAGUGGCCUUCUCCACUUCACUUAGGGUCAGUGAGGAACAUUAUCACUUCGGACCUUUCGACGAGGACACCACCGUGGUGUAUAAAAAGGUCACUACAAACAUCGGUGAAGCAUAUAACCCAGAAACAGGUGUCUUUACUGCACCUGUGGGAGGGGCCUACUACUUCACAUUCACUUGCAAUGUUGGGAAUUCAGGGGUGGCGAAUGCAGCGUUGCUYAAGAACGGUGUGAACAUGGCUGCCGUCUAUGAAWAUGCCRACCCAAAAUCCGGUAUUUACCACAGCGGGGCCAAUGGAGUCACACUAGUCCUGGUGGAAGGAGACAAAGUCAAUGUGGUUCUCUGGAGUGGCAGUAGCAUAUUUGACAACAGCAGAAUUAGCAUGUUCAGUGGUUACCUUCUAUUUCCUAUCGAUACUAAGUAAUAGUAAAAGGCUGAUAAUUACAUGGCAUGACUUAGCAAGAAUUGAAAAUGCUUAUUUCAACAUUUCAUUAAAGGAAUAAUCCACUCAAACUA